UACGAUCUUCUCCCAAAUUCUCUCGCCAUCACUCUCUUGGCUGCUCGUCGGCUCCCUCAGCUCGAACCGCAUACACUCGCACCCUCUCGAUAGGAACGCUGCCACAACAAUUUUCGAGGCUCACUCGCCUCUGCAAAUACUAUACUCUAUGUCUACAUCAACAAGUCUCCUGGCGCAUCUCCCGUCCAUCUGGAAGAGGAUCGUCCUCCUAAACCCUGCCUUUCAAGGCGGGCGCGACGUGGAUUAUCCGUCCCACAAUUUGUACGACAAUAUGUGCUUGAUCUGCGAGGAUGGCUACGCGCUCUCGUCGCUGGCGAACUGCAUGGGUGUAUGCUGCAACAUCUUUGUGAACCUCGUCGCCAACACUCUCGCCGUCGAAGGCACGCUCGCGCGGCCCCCAAUUUCUUCCUAUCGCCCACAUCCCACAGGUCCACUGGUUAAUCGUGACCGUCAGAAACGGUCUCUUGGUCACUAUCCAGCAGGUCUCAGCAUCAAAGACGCGUCUGCCGCGCACCGGCACGUGGGACCCAAUGAGGCGUUUUGAGGGCGAGCACCCGGGCGUCUUUGUCGGCGUCGUGAUCGGGCGCUUCUCGUGACUCUCCAAACUCAGGCGAAUGUGCUUCGGCGCCGACUAUACCUUGAGACCCGCUUGAAUUCCGCGCCGGGCAUCGUCGCCAACUCGACGAUCCUGCGUAAUCUCGCGACGACGAAGGCGCACACCGCGCUCUGGCGCA